GGUUUCAUCGUGAAUGAUUGCCAAAUUUCCAAGACAGUCCGAGAAUGUGUCGAAUUUUACUAUACCUGGAAAAAAGCCUGCCCUGAUGACUACCGUAAACUCAGGAAUCUUCGACGAAAGCGGCAAUUGCUGGAGUUGAACCUGCAGCAGAUGGACGAAGGUACACCAGCUAAAUUGGCUUCUGUCGAUGAGAACGUCUCAUCAGAUGCGGAAUCGGAUACGACGGCACCGUCAUACUGCGGUCAGGAUAUGUUCGAGAUGAGAGGACGAACUGGCAGCUUGUUACUUUUUUUCAAUCGUUUACUGAUUUUUUCAUUCGAAUUCGAUCGCGCUCAGCCAAGUGCUGAUGGUUUCUUCCAUUGUCGCCUGUGUGAUAAGUGUUUCGAGAAGGUCAAGGUGAGAGCAAAGAAUUCUUAA